AUGGCUCCGCCGCACCUCCAUCCGCGGUCGCGCAUGACCUCGUCGCUCUUUGCGACCACCGUCGUCGCAAGCUUCUUCGUGGUGGCCCUGCCGCAUGUGCUCCCUUGUCCAGCACCGCGCCGAGUAUUUGCCGACGGUGACAUGGAGACCAUGGUUGACGCCAACGGGAGGACGCUGCGGAGGAGGAGGCGAAUGCCUUUAGACCCCGAAGUCAAAGAUGGCAUAGUACAGUUCGACGCCAUGAGCAGCCCAAUUGACUCGUCCGAGUCUGAAUCAGAAUCCAAUACCGGGCGGGCGUGUCCGAUACCAAAACCAGGCGGGAAGGUCGGGGAACUACUGGGGUUCACGAGGAAACAACAGCAAUCUCAAGAUGAGAACAAGACAGAAGUCGACAGGGGGUCAUACAUGGCUGUGGCCGCCGUCGGGAUCAGAGCGGAAGGCAUAGAGAAAAAAGGGAUGCGAAGAUUACCAAUGGCAUGCCAUGCGAAAUCAAGCCUGAUGAUGAUCGGGCCAAUGAUUGCAAUAUUGGAUGAAGGCUGUCGAUCUGGGUAG